GCCACUGCUACCACGUUUUGAGCUUGUACACGCUCGCACGACAUGGAAAGACAUGCGAGACAAUACAAGGAUUCGGCAGAGUCUGCGCAGUCUGCCGCGAGCACGGAUCUGCCACCAGUGGAGACGAUUUGUAAGCAGUUGGAUGACAACCUCGCUGCAAGUUCGGCACUGAAGGUUUACCUGCGCAUCAGGCCUCGAGUCGGGGGCCGGCCGUUCACAGACCCGGCAUUUCAGCCUCUUGAUGACAAAACUGUGGAGUCCACCACAGCUACUCUGGAACACAAACAUCAAAAGCGAUUUAGCUUUACAAAGGUGUUUCCAGAGGGCAGCAGCCAGGAGCAGCUGUUUCAGGAGGCAGUGCAGGAUCCUGUGGAUGCCUUCAUCAACGGAGCCAAUGUGCUGCUCUUUGCAUAUGGCCCAACUAAUGGAGGCAAAACUUACACAAUGCAGGGCCCUCCUGCAGCACCAGGAGUUGUGCCUCGCACACUCGACAGACUGUUCAGGGUGCUUGGGCCUCAGGUGUGCGAGGGGGCACCAGUGCGCCCCGACUGUUUUGACGACGUUGUCCUGCUCAACGCAGAAGAGGAGGCCUCUGCACUCUUGCAGAAAAGCAAAUUGUUGGGUGAGAAGGGAGCCCGCAGUGCUGCAGAUUUCAGCACUUUCCAUCUGCCUGCAAGUGAAAGCGACGGAUCGCUCUUCCUAUCGCGCAGCAGUGACUACAGCUAUGAUGACAAAGCACAGGCGUUGCUGUGGCUCUCGUUCUACGAAAUCUACAAUGAGGGCAUCUACGAUCUGCUGCUCCCAUCGCUUGAGGCAGCUUCGAAGAAAACAGGCGGCCAGCGGCGCACCAUUCUGAAGCUUGGUGAAGACCGGGCCAAACGUUCAUUUGUGCGGGGGCUCGUUGAAGUGCCUGUGCACUCGGCCGAUGAAGCUCAUCGACUGCUCUGCCUGGCGCGCAACAACCAGAGCUUCGCUGAGACGCAGCUGAACCGCAGCUCGAGCCGCAGCCACUGUGUCUUCACUGUGCGGCUCGUAAGUUCCACUGUGGACAGCCGCAACGGCAGCCAAAACUGGCACGUCAACACAUUGAUGCUCUGCGACCUGGCAGGUUCGGAGAGGCCGUCCAAAGCUGGCACCGAUGGGUCGCGGCUUCGCGAAGCUGGCCGCAUCAACACCUCUCUCAUGGUUCUCAGCCGCUGCCUGGAAAGCCUACGUAACAAGAAGGACUCGUCAAAGAAUGCUUGUGUGCCCUUCAGAGAAAGCAAGUUGACAAAGGUGAUGCAAGCCUACUUCACAACUGGCGGUCAAGUAUCUCUGAUUGUCAACAUCUGCCCAGCCAUGUCCAUGCUGGAGGAGUCGCUGAACGCAUUGAAGUUCUCGGCUGUUGCCAUUGAAGUUGUGCCACAGCAGCUGGAACUGCGGCACACUCGCUGCAAAGAGGCAGUUCGUCGGCUGAGCGAGCGUUGGAGCCGUGCGAGUGGAGGGUUUUGUGCCUCUGCACUUUCACCGAUUCCAGCGGAAGACGUUGAAGCCGGAGCCUUGGAUGCAGACGCAGCAGAAGAGCUGUUCGAGACUAUCGAGGCACAACAGCGUGACCUGGAUGCACUUGAACGCGAACUCAAGGACACCCGAAGCCAACUCGCCUGGGCACAGAAGAUGGCUGCUGCAAACGAAGCUGAAGUCAACGACUAUAAGGAGAUGGUGAAAGACUUGGAGAGGUCGCUUCGCACACAGCGUGACCGUUCUGACCAGGAGAUGGCCAUUCGUGUCGAGAACGCCUGCGAGAUCACUCGGCUUGAGAUGUACCGCAAGGCGGAGCGAGGCUCAACUAUAGAACUUCUUGGACGCCUCGAGGAUGCACAGUGCCAGAUUGCUGAUCUCAAGAAAGAGCUGGCUGAGCAGGCGACUGUGCAGCAUGACUCGGUGGCUGAAGAUUGCAGGCAAGGGUCGCCUUCUCACUGGCAAUCCGUCCGUACCUCCAUUCCAAGAUCCCUACCGAUAAUAGCCCCGGUGGAAAUCCAGACCGAGGACAUCGACACUGGAGAUCCAACAGCUGCCGCACUGCAAGAACAGGCUCUACUCUCCAAAGCGGAAAGUGAGCUGCACGAUCUGCACAGCCGCCUCGAAGAGACUCUAUCUCUCCUGACCAGCGAGCUGCAGGCCCGCAAGGAUGCCGAGGUUGCGGCCGAACGAGCCUUCCAGCAACUCGGUGAUAUCCAACAAAGACUCUCGACACGAGAGGUUCAGCAAGAGGACUUAGAACGGCGCCUAGAAGAGCUGCAACGAGCUAAUGAUAAUAUGCAGAGGACAGCCGCAGAGUCUUACUGCAAGCUCGAGCAAAUGCGCCGCGACAUGAGGGAGCGUGAACUUGCUCUAGACGUGCUGAGAGAGCAGCUUGACAACAUGACAGAGGCCUUGCACGAGGCCGAGACCAAGGCCAGAGAGGAGGCUGCGCACAGAGCUUCUGCAGAAGAGCUUAGCAAGGCUGCUGCAGAGGAAGUUGUGGAGGUCCGCAGGUUGGCUCGCAAUGCGGAGGAGUCUCUGCACGAAGUGGAGUCGCGCCUCAAGGCAGUGCAUGAGGAGCUCCAGAUCUGCCGGGAGAAGCUGGUGGCCAGUGAGCAGUCUCGCCAAGCAGCCAUGACUUCUGUUGAAGCGAAGGAGGAAGAGCUGAGCCGCCUGCAGCAGGCCUUGAAGUCUGCCGAGGAGCAUGCAGAAGAAGAGGCCGCCAAUGAGAACCGCCAGCGCCGCACACGGCGCACAACACGGACCACCCGGCGUACCACAAGAGCCACUCGGUCAAAGGCUCAGUCGCUGGCAUCGUCCGAGCUAUCGGAUGGCGAUGCUGACUUCAAGACUCCACGCCGCACCCCACGUCGCACAAAGAAAUCGGUUGCACCCCCAGAUGACCCACUGGAGGAGGAGGAUGAGCACCGUGCUGUCCUCGCUGAUGACAAUGCCGAAGCAUCGCCACUUAAACGCCUUGGCAACUUCGUAGCUGGCAUGCUGUCCAUGGGCACGAGUAGUGGAGUGGCCACAAGUACACGGAAUCGACGCCAGCUGAUUUCCACUGACGCAGACUUCGUUGAGCUGCAUGAUGAACAGCCGCCAUCUGCUCCGCGUAGGACAACUGCACGCAGGAAGGCCAAGCAGUGACUUCCUUCAACUGUUUUAAAGUUCAUAUUUAAAUGUAUAUCAUGACGUGCAUGUUAACAUGCAUAUUUUUUAAUAGCACUUCUUUUUAGUCAUUUUAAGGGGAGACGCUGCUUCUGAAACAUGUUUCUUGUUUUUGAGCAUAUUAUUAAGAAACUUUCACAGCUUAUGUAUUUUUAUGUGCUGAUUUGAAACAUGCAAUUAUUGUUCUAAUACACUAUGUAGUUUUGAAAGCAUUAAAUAGUUCUGGUAUUUUUAGGAGCAGGCUUUAUUUCUAAACUGUGAGUUAUCAAGCAAAUCAGCAUAUCACAAUAACCUGGAAUGAAUACUGUAUGCAAUAAAACAAGAAUGGAUGUUCUAGGCCCAUUUGAACAAAAGUUAUGGUACUUUGAACAUUCCCAGCUUGAUCCCAGUUUGACCAAGCUCGACAUUGCUCACUUGCCAAAUGUUCAACGUACCAUAACUUGUUCAAAUUGGCCUAGAGCAUCCAUUCUUGUUUUAUUGCAUACAGUAUUCAUUCCAGGUUAUUGUAAUAUGCUGAUUUGCUUGAUAACUCUCAUAGUUUAGAAAUAAAGCCUGCUCCCAACAAUAUACAUGAAAUAUUUAUUUUGAAAACAGCAUAGUGUGCUAGAAAAAUAAUUGCACAUUUGAAAUCAGGACAUAAAAAUACAUAAGCUGCAAAAGUUUCAUAAACAUGUACUCAAAAACAAAGAAAUAUGUCUCCAAAGCAGGGUCCCCUCUUAAAGGAAACAUUGUGACAUGCAUGUUAAUAUGCAUAUUUAAUAUUUGUAAGGUAAUUGAUGCACAGUUUCCACACCAGAUGGAGACCUGCUGGCGACCUACCAUUUGAGCCAGCCAUAUUACUUUUAUUGCAAAUAGUCUUCAUUUUGUACAGCAACUUUCAUUGUACUUUUAUAUCACUUUUUAGCAAAAUGUCAUUUAAUAUUCUUCAGCAUUCCUUUACUUGCCACCACUAUAUGUCUUAAGCUUGAAUA